GAAAGUCCCUCGCAGCGUCAGCUGCGACUGGCACAAGACGGGCUCGAGAUGGCGCAGGGCGGUUUGAAGAUCGCGCAGGACGAUUUGAAGAGCGCGAAGGACGAGUUGAAGAAGGCCAAAGCGGCCAAGAAGGUCGAGGCGGCCAAGAAGAAGGUCGAGGCGGCCAAGAAGGAGGUCGAGGCGGCCAAGAAGGAGGUCGAGGCGGCCAAGAAGGAGGUCGAGGCGGCCGAGAACAAGGUCAACGCGAGUCCAGCCCAGGAAUUGCCGGCCCCGACUGUGGACACGCAGGUCAAGCUCCCCGAGCUUCAGGAGUUCAAGGCCAACGAGAUGCUCGACGUCAGUGGGUUCCGGAACUUCGUGGCGCCCAACACGACCGCUGACAGACCGCUCUUCCUGCGAAAGCAUCUCCUCAACGUGCACACGAAGGCAGUGGAGGCUUUGACGGUGGAGAAGAUUCGUUUGGUGUCGCUGGUCGGCUGCCCCGGCACCGGCAAGACGUGGUGCGGGUGGCUGGUGGCCUACACCCUGCAGAAGGCGGACACGAAGACCCUGCACCUGACCAUCCGGAACACACACGUGACGGCCAUCGCCGACUUCACAGAGAAGAAGCAGUACGAGGACGUGAGCUGGAACGGGCACAUGCUCAAGCGGGUCCUGAGAGAGUCGGAGUGCCAGGUCUGCAUCGUGGACGUGAGCAUGGACAAGGCGGAGCAGGCCCAGGACAUCUUCAUCGGGGUCCGGCAGCUGAUCGAGCAGGCGCGAGAGUUCCCCACCGUGAAGUUCGUGGGUCUGAUGUCUGGCCACGGUGAGUCCAAGAUCAUCGGCAAGCCGUUCAUUGAGGAAUACACCAAGCCGCUGGUUCUUUGGAGCUGGACAGCAGGGGAGGUGCAGCAGCUAUGUACGAAGCUGAAAGUUGAUGUUCUGCCUGCGUAUGCGGUUUGUGGUGGAUCCGUGCGAUUUCUCUUCCAACCUUGCCGUGACCAGACGGGCAUCCAAAGAGCUGUGCGGGGCUUGGAGCAAGCAGACCUGGCAAAGUUGUUGGCCCUGGACCUGGGUGUGGACGACGUUGACAAGAAGCACCGUACCGGGCUUCUGUCGUUCUUUCCCAGAAAAGGUUCCAACGAAGACGAUGAGAGCUUCGAGGAGGGCGUCAGCGCAGCACAGCCGAUGCCCCGCUCCGACUUCGUCAUCAAGUGCAUCAAGGAGAACAAGUAUGCGAAGUUCGAGGAUGUGCUGGCCAUGUACACGGAGCUCGAGAAACUGAACGCAGGCGCUGCCGGCAGCACCUUCGAGCUCUUGGUCCACCUGUUCUGGCGGGAUGCUGCCGUACGGAAGGACGAGGUCACCCUCACACUUGGCAAGCAAGGCACCGUGGACCACCAGCAUGUGUCCGUGAAUUGCAGCCAGUUCAUACCCAACCCUGGUAGAAUCGAAGACUAUGAUGCGGAGGGCACAGUGUUCGAUGUCCCAGCAGUGUAA